GGACCCUCGGCGCCGACGCUAGCCGGACCGUGCCACUGCGCGGGAAGGAGGGGGGCGCCUCUGCCGGGGCGCUCGGAGCCCGCCGUCUAUGAGGCUGCGGCUCGGCCGAGAGCUGCGGAACACCGUUCGGCGGCCCGGCACCUCGGCAGCGCGGCGGCCCGGCCCGGAGGCGGGGGGGACCCGAAGUGGGGCCGCGAGUGGCUGCGCGCCGCCUCCCCCCGCUGGGAGCGGUGGUUGGGCCCGGCUGCGGCAGAGCGUUCGCUCGGAGAUGGCGGAGCCGCCGCGACGCAGCCCGAGGCCCCGAGAGCAGGGAAGCCGGGCAUCCCCGGGACGUGGCGGAGCCCGGGGACAGCGGGGACGCCGCCCAGUCCGCCGGGUUCGAAGCUAAAAUGCAGUGGUUAAGACCAGGGCUGGAGCCUGACAGGCCUGACGUUGAAUCCCAUUUCCUCCACUGACUGAGCUGUGUGAUCCUGGGCAAGUUGCUAAGUUCUCUGGACCUCAAAUUAGUCAUAUGUAAAAUGGGAAUAUUAGUUACCUCUUAGGGCCGGUGUGAGCAUUAGAUAUAUGGAAAGUUCUUAGAAGAAUGUCUGGCAAAGUGUAAGCCCUCAGUAAAUGUUAACUUAUUCUUAACCUCGUGGGUGAUACACCUCCAGUAUCUGCUUCCCCACAGUGACUUCUCACUACUGUGUUUGCCCCAAAAAGUUUCCUCUGAUUCUUAGGAUUCGUCCCUUCCCAUCACCAUUUUGAUCCUUUCCCAGCUCUCUUUUCACGCCGAUUAGUUUUACCCAGGCCAAAGCAGAACUGUUCUUAAGUUGUCUCUCUCAGUUCUGAAGGACCCCAUCUCUGCUUAAUCACCCGGAGAUGUGUAUGUGUGUGUGUGGGACGUGUGGUAGAGAGAGAUCUCCAGCCACUGGCCUUACUUCGAGUGACUAAGGUGGGGAGAGUGACGGUAAAGCUUCUAGAAGUAGUCUAUCUACUUAAGGAAAAAAGUCUCCGGAAUUAGGUCUCCUUAAAACUAUUUUCUGAUCCGACUGUUCUUACUCCUUCUCUAUAAUUGAUUGUAUACUACUUAAGCUCCUGUUGCUCUCUGUCAUGCAGCCCCAUUCAGUUCGCUCUGUUUUUGUAACAGGACUCAAUCCCUCAUGUCUCUCCAGGCUAGCUCAGGACCCUUCUGAGCUGUUCAGGGGUGAGGGUGUAGUACCACCUAGGCUAAGUUAGGAAAGAGAACUGGAGUGGAUAGGGAGACAAACUCUGGACUCAGCUCUCUAGCUUUUCUUAGGUGCCAGUGAUGUGGCCUGCUCUGGGGCUACAUUGUUAUCACCCCUCUUGACACUGGCACAAGUGAAAUAAAGGGGAGGGAUGGGUAAUUUUUCACAAGCAAUGGAAAAGAGAAUCCCCAGGUUCUGGAUUUGGAAGGUAAUAGAAUGAUUAGCUAGCACCAUUUCUCUUCCCUCUUGAAUUUCCCCACCUGACUGCAAGUUCGUUAGUGCCGUUAGCCUGUGGUGUUGGGUUUGAUAGAUGAGGAACAUUAACAGACACAUGAGUUUCCUCUUAUCUGAUAUUUUGUUGGAGCACGGGACUUCUGGGGCUUUCCGUCCCUUCUUCACAGGAUGAACAGAGCUCCUGCUGGCUGACCAACUGCUCUGUCACGGGUUGGGAACUCCUUUCAGAGCAGGUUCAUUUUCAGCCUCCUGGGCUGUUUGGCCUCAUGUCGAUGGGAAAUUUGUUCUCUUCCAGACCUUGGAUAUACUGCUUCAAUUCUGAGCUUAGCUCAGGGGGGAGAAUUUAGACCGUAUUCUAAGAAAGGGAACAGGCUGUGAAGCUAAAGUAUGAGACUCAGAUUAUGUUGUUCUUCUACAGGAGCUUUUUUUUUUGGAGAACAAACCAUCCUGUGAGCAGGAGAUAGUGAGGGCAGAGAUUGUGAACUUUGCUGACCUCUGAUGUGAGGAGCUCAGCCGGGACCAAAGGUGGAGCCUGGCUAGAUUUGCAUCCUGAAGCCAUGGGCCAGUGGGCCAUGGUGACCUGAGACCAAUGGACUCUGUCCAGUUGCCCCCUGUUGCCCCUUCUACCUCCCCUAUCCUAUACUAAGGGGACUUGUUUCCACCUUUUCAGGGAACUGACCCUGCAGGAAUCCCUUUCCCCUCUUUUCAUAUCCUUCUACCCUCCCAAGAGAGCCUCAGCCUAUAGAACUCCUACCUCCCAUCCCCUAAGGUGGUCCCCAUCCCUGCCUCACCUCCCCCGCCAUGCUCAAGCUGUGGAAGGUGGUACGCCCAGCUCGGCAGCUGGAACUGCACCGCCUCAUACUGCUGCUGAUCGCUUUCAGUCUGGGCUCCAUGGGCUUCUUGGCUUACUACGUAUCCACCAGCCCCAAGGCCAAGGAACCAUUGCCCCUGCCCUUGGGAGACUGCAGUAGUGGUGGGGCAGCUGGUCCUGGCCCUGUACGGCCGCCAGUCCCACCCCGGCCCCCCAGGCCGCCAGAGACAGCACGAACUGAACCCGUGGUCCUUGUGUUUGUGGAGAGCGCAUACUCACAGCUGGGGCAGGAGAUUGUGGCCAUCUUGGAGUCUAGCCGUUUUCGUUAUAGCACUGAGCUGGCACCUGGCCGAGGGGACAUGCCCACACUGACUGAUCAUACCCGUGGCCGGUAUGUCUUGGUCAUCUAUGAGAACCUGCUCAAGUAUGUCAACCUGGAUGCCUGGAGUCGGGAACUGCUAGACCGGUACUGUGUGGAGUAUGGUGUGGGCAUCAUUGGCUUUUUCCGAGCCCAUGAGCAUAGCUUACUGAGUGCCCAGCUCAAGGGCUUUCCCCUUUUUCUACAUUCAAACUUGGGGCUCCAGGACUACCAAGUGAAUCCUUCUGCCCCACUACUGCAUCUCACACGCCCCAGCCGCCUGGAGCCGGGUCCACUGCCCGGUGAUGACUGGACCAUCUUCCAAUCCAAUCAUAGCACAUAUGAACCAGUGCUUCUUGCCAGCCUUCGACCAGCUGAGCCCCCGGUGCCAGGACCCUUGCCUCGCCGGGCCCGGCUUCCCACUGUGGUACAGGACUUGGGGCUUCACGAUGGCAUCCAGCGGGUGCUCUUUGGCCAUGGCCUCUCCUUCUGGCUUCACAAACUCGUUUUUGUCGAUGCUGUUGCGUACCUCACUGGCAAGCGCCUCUGCUUGGACCUUGACCGUUACAUCUUGGUAGACAUCGAUGACAUCUUUGUGGGCAAGGAAGGAACCCGCAUGAAGGUGGCUGAUGUUGAGGCUCUGUUGACCACCCAGAACAAACUCAGGACCUUAGUCCCCAACUUCACCUUCAACUUGGGCUUCUCGGGCAAGUUCUAUCAUACUGGGACAGAGGAGGAGGAUGCAGGGGACGACAUGCUGCUGAAGCACCGUCAAGAGUUCUGGUGGUUCCCCCACAUGUGGAGCCACAUGCAGCCACACCUGUUCCACAAUCGCUCCGUGCUGGCUGACCAGAUGAGGCUCAACAAACAGUUUGCUCUGGAGCAUGGGAUUCCCACGGAUCUGGGGUACGCUGUGGCCCCCCACCACUCCGGCGUGUAUCCCAUCCACACACAGCUCUAUGAGGCCUGGAAAUCCGUGUGGGGCAUCCAGGUGACCAGCACUGAGGAGUAUCCCCAUCUCCGCCCUGCCCGCUACCGCCGUGGCUUCAUUCACAAUGGCAUUAUGGUGCUGCCACGGCAGACGUGUGGACUCUUCACUCACACGAUCUUCUAUAAUGAGUAUCCCGGAGGCUCUCGCGAACUAGACCGGAGCAUCCGAGGUGGAGAACUCUUCCUGACAGUGCUGCUUAAUCCGAUCAGCAUCUUUAUGACUCAUCUGUCUAAUUAUGGAAAUGAUCGGCUGGGCCUGUACACCUUUGAGAGCCUGGUGCGCUUUCUCCAGUGCUGGACACGGCUGCGCCUACAGACCCUUCCUCCUGUCCCUCUCGCACGGAAGUACUUUGACCUCUUCCCUCAAGAGCGAAGCCCCCUUUGGCAGAAUCCCUGUGAUGACAAGAGGCACAAAGAUAUCUGGUCCAAGGAGAAAACCUGUGAUCGGCUCCCCAAGUUCCUCAUUGUGGGACCCCAGAAGACAGGGACCACAGCUAUUCACUUCUUCCUGAGCCUGCACCCAGCUGUGACUAGCAGUUUCCCGAGCCCCAGCACCUUUGAGGAGAUUCAGUUUUUCAGCGGCCCUAAUUACCACAAGGGCAUUGACUGGUACAUGGAUUUCUUCCCUGUCCCUUCUAAUGCCAGCACUGAUUUCCUGUUUGAAAAAAGUGCCACCUACUUUGACUCAGAGGUUGUACCACGUCGGGGGGCUGCCCUCCUGCCGCGAGCCAAGAUCAUCACUGUGCUCACCAACCCUGCUGACAGGGCCUACUCCUGGUACCAGCAUCAGCGAGCACAUGGAGACCCAGUUGCUCUGAACUAUACCUUCUACCAGGUGAUUUCAGCCUCCUCCCAUGCCCCUCUGGCACUUCGCUCCCUACAGGACCGUUGUCUUGUCCCUGGCUACUAUUCCACCCAUCUGCAACGCUGGCUGACAUAUUACCCCUCUGGACAGUUGCUGAUUGUGGAUGGGCAAGAACUGCGUACCAACCCAGCUGCCUCAAUGGAGAGCAUCCAGAAGUUCCUGGGUAUCACACCCUUUCUGAACUACACACGGACCCUCAGGUUUGAUGAAGAUAAGGGAUUCUGGUGCCAGGGACUUGAAGGUGGCAAGACUCGUUGUCUAGGCAAGAGCAAAGGCCGGAAGUACCCAUAUAUGGACACUGAGUCCCGCCUUUUCCUUAUGGAUUUUUUCCGGAACCAUAAUUUGGAGCUGUCGAAGCUGCUGAGCCGGCUUGGACAGCCAGUGCCCUCGUGGCUUCGGGAAGAACUGCAGCAUUCCAGUCCGGGCUGAUGUAUCAGCCUCCCGUACCAGCAAAAGCCCCCUUCUUCCCUAAGGGGCAAGCCCAGAGCAGGGCCCACAAGGGGGAUUAGAGUGGCCUGGCCCCUCCCCCUUCUACCUCAGUGGCCUCGAGGCCUGGGAUGGCUAAGAAGCGAAGGGCAUCCCUUUCCCAUAGCUCUGGGGUCUAAUAAAGGGGCUUCCCUUGAUACCCCACAAGAUGGUACUAGGCACCUUUGGCCCAUGGUCUUGGAAGGUGGGGGGGAAAUGAGAGGGUCCAGGCAGGGUGUAGAGGAACGUAUUAAUCCAGUGCUUUCCCUCUUUAUCCCCAGCAGUGUAUCUAUCUAUAGUGGCCGUGGGAGGGACCCCUUACUGUGGGAUCAAUGGGAUCUACCUGUGGCCCGGCCUCUCUAAUGUCAUUCACAUUGAAUGGGGAUGAGGUCAGACGGUGGCUCAUAGAGCUGAAUAUGAGCCCUAGCUGUGGGCUAGAAAUGAGUUUAAUAAACAUCCUUAUUUUUGUGUUU